CAACGUAGAAAGCUAAGUAGUUUUUGAGUGGAGGGGGGUGGCAGCUCCCACUUUCCCGUCAUUUCACCAUGGAACGCCGACUGCUCUGGUUGGGGCUCCUACACUGUUUGCUAGCAGCGAACGCCUCCCCGGACUUCCUGAUCACAGUACCCGCGUCAGUCUACAGAGGGGAGGAGUUUGAUUUCUGCGUGACGUUUCCCGGAACCUUCCAGGAUGGUUCUGUAGAGGUCAACGCUCAGAUGCAGCUAGAUGACACAGAUGUCGUCAGAUAUCCACCCCAGACUUAUCUUACAGUUUCAGAAGCCAUAAAAUGCCAGAAACUCGUAGCCCCAAAGCGUGAGGGAUAUUGGACAUUCAAUGUCACGUUGCAGAGUCAUGGGAGCUACGUCCCGAACCUUCCACAAUGGUAUCCUCCCAGGGGCAAUCUGAGUACUACUCAAACUGAGAGGGUGAACGUAAAAACCCGACGAGAGGAUGCAGAUAUAACACUGAUACAGACAGACAAACCAUUGUACAAACCUGGGCAGACAGUGAAAUUCCGGAUCCUGCGACUUAAGGCCAACAACAGACUUCGCCCUGACACCGACAAGAUCAAAUGGGUCUAUGUUGAGAACCCAAGUAACAUCCGGGUUAUGCAAUGGAAGGACGUCCCAACGACUCAAGGUAUAGCCAGUCUGGAGAUGUUACUGUCCAAUGACCCCCCACAGGGAAACUGGGUCAUCAAAGCCAUCUACAAUGACAGCAAGGAGUACAGCAAUACCUUCUCUGUGGAAGAAUACGUUUUGCCGAAGUAUGAAGUAUCCUUAACACCCCCAGCAUACUUGCUGGUCGACACUCAGACCAUCGAUUUCAAAGUCUGUGCCAAAUAUACGUAUGGAAAGCCAGUAAAAGGACAGCUGCAAGUAAAGGUCUGCUAUAACUCUCCCUACGGGUAUGGCUGGCGACGUCGAGGGCCCCAGUUCAUAAGACCAUGCACAGAAAGACUAUUGGAGAUAAAUGGUUGUACGAUGGUGUCUGUUAACGCAUCAGAAAUCGAACUAAACUCCAGGCGAUACGCUAUCUGGGGAAAGCUCAAAAUCAACGCAACGGUCACAGAGGCGGGGACUGGUGUUGUCUUGUCUGGCCAGUCGCAGGGACCGGAAGUGACGAUUGUUUCUUCCACCUUAGAAAUCACUGAUGAGACAGAUGGAUCUUUUAAACCAGCAUUUCCUUACCGAGGAAAAGUUACUGCUAAGAACCCGGAUGAGAGUCCGAUCCCAAAGAAGAGGAUACAAAUCAGUGCCUCGACCUAUCAGCUGGAUUCUUGGCGGGUAGCUUUGAAUGUCACAACAGACGACAACGGAACAGCUCUUUUUGCAAUUGAGGACCUUCCAGAAAACAUUACUUCGUUUUCUAUAUCGGCACAAGACGUAGAUAUUCAAUUUGAAAGUGACAAUGUUUAUCACAAGAUGUCUCCUGGCAAUGCAUAUAAAGGCGUGACUCGUUGGUACUCGCCUUCCAACAGUUACAUACAGAUUGAUAGUUUUGAACAACCAGUGGCAUGCGGCAAGGAUUUCAAGCUUGACAUUCUUUAUUCUACUCCGAGCGACACUAAUUAUAAUUUUUAUGUCAUGGUUAUGUCCAGAGGACGUAUUAUCUAUACCACAAACAAGAAACACCAGUUUACCGAGGCAGACUCCAUACAGACAACAUCCUCAGAUCCCCACCAGUAUCUUCAAAUACAAAAAAUCCCAACGACAACACCAAGACCAAAAAUAAUUAUUUCAUACCCGACUCCACCUAUACCGAAGAUUCUAAAUGAGACAAUUGAGGCAAUUACCGGACUUCCGCCAAUUCUAUACAGGAAACGCCGAAGCGAAAAAUCCUGUAUUGACAAUGCUGGAAAGGUGUUUGAGGACGGGUCAAAUUUUGCCCCCAAUGUUUCGGAACCUUGCUGGAUAUGCAAUUGUGUCGAGGGAUCUAUAAAAUAUUGUGCAAUGCAAAUGUGCGACGAGCCUCAGUGCAGCAACUAUACGCUCAUCGAGGGCACAUGCUGUGGAUUCGUCUGUCCUGAAGAAGACCAACCAGCUUCCGUUAAACAACCUUGUGAUUUUGUUUCUGCUAUGACCUGCUUUAGUAGCCUUCCUCAAACGGACAUGGCAGCGACUUGCUCGAAUCUUGAAAAAGCGAAGGCUUGUUUGGCACCUCACGAGGAAAACUGCGAAUCAGACGAAAAUUUCCAGACUGCCAUUGUCUCACUUACCUCUGUUGAACCGUUUUGCGCAGGUGCCGCCAAAUGUAACGUUCAGAAAUGUUACGAAGAUGCCGGUAUUGACCUAACGGGGGGCUCAAGUUCCACGCCAAACUGCGACACCUUUAAGACUCUUCAGACCUGUAUGGCGGGCAUCGGUGGUGUGUGUGAGGGUAACGCUAUCUAUGACAUGACAAAGCAAAGUCUACAGGGUCUGGAAGCAAUCUGUAGUGGCACAGAUGGUGCUCAGUGCAACGUACAGAAAUGUUACGAAGAUGCCGGAAUUGACCUAACUGGCUUAAGUUCCAUGCCACAAUGUAAUGCGUUUAAAGCCCUGCAGGCUUGUAUGAAGAAGAUGAGCACUGUCUGCAAGGGUAACACGUUGUAUGAAAUCACUGAACAGAGUCUCCAGAAUCUGAAAGGCAUCUGUAUUGGGGACGGCACAGAUAACUGUGUAGACAAGAGUGGGGAAGAAAUCCCCCAUGGACAAGUGUUUUCUCCCGAUCUGUCCGAUCCAUGCAAAAGUUGUACUUGUGACUAUGGCCAGGCCACUGGAUGUGAGUACAUGUAUUGUGACGCCCCCGCCUGUGAUCAGUAUGAAAUGAUACCAGGCACAUGCUGUGGAUUUAUAUGCCUGGACAGUACUAUUGAACCUCCAGCUGGGGUUCCAAAUGGAUGCAUGGAUUUGCGAGGUAAUUUAGUUUCGGAUGGAGAGGUCUUUGCCCCGAAUCGUUCCGACCCUUGUAGAAUGUGCUCGUGUGAGAACGGAGAGACCACCAAAUGUAACUAUAUCUACUGUGAUGCCCCACCCUGUGAGCGAUACAAGUUGGUCCCGGGCACCUGCUGUGGCUUCAUAUGUCUAGAGAAUACCAACGAACCCGAAGAACCCCUGGCUUGCAUUGAUGAAUUGGGAAACGCGAUACCAAAUGGAGAGGAAGCAGUGAAUCCACAGGAUCCUUGUAAAAUAUGUACAUGUGAAAUGGGAAACCUCUUCUGUGCAGAACAACUUUGCAAAAUCCCAGUAUGUCGCAACUUCCAACAUACAGAGGGAACAUGUUGUGAUGGCGUGUGUCUAGAUGAUAUGGUCAAGAGGAGCAACCUUGUAGGUAGAGUACAAAUCGCCCUACCCAUCACGGCGGCCUUUGCCCCAGAGUCCCAGGUCAUUGUUUUUUACGUCAGAUCUGACGGCGAAGUGGUUUCCAGUAGCACGAGGCUAGAAGUGGAGAAAUGUUUUGAUAACAAGGUGAAUAUGGAAUUCGUUAACAGUCCAAUUAAACCCGGAACUAACGCCACCAUUCGAGUGUCAGGAGAUCCAGGGUCUGCCUGUUCUAUAGGGGUUGUGGACAAAAGCAUAGAGCUUUUGAAAGCAGACCAUCAGUUGACGCCUGAGAAGUUUUACAGCUUACUUAGCACGGACAUGAUGUAUGAUCAUUAUUAUUCAAUAAACGACCACUUCGAUAGAAACUGCAGAGAUAAGAACACAGAAAAUGGGACAGAAAAAGCUGUAGAAAUCCUAAGAAAUCCAUAUGACGUUCCUGUGGACUCAUACCAGGCGUUUAAGAAUUUCGGAUUGAGAGUGUUUACAAAUUUGAAAUUGGAAACCAGACCGUGUGUACAGUAUAUUUAUCCAAUGUAUCAUCGGGUGUAUGCAGAGAAUUCAGUGGAUAUGAUGGUUCCAUCAUUGGGAAACACCAAUGCUGCUAAAAAUGUCAGGAGUUUUUUCCCAGAGACUUGGUUGUGGGAGCUAGAACUUAUUGGAGAUUCAGGUCAAAAUACCUUGGUUCGUAAAAUCCCUGAUACGAUAACUGAGUGGAAAGGAAAUGCAAUAUGUUUGAAUACUGCCUCCGGUCUUGGAAUUUCAUCCAUUUCCGGUAUCACGGCCUUCCAGCCUUUCUUCCUGUCCUUCACACUUCCGUACUCAGCCGUCCGUAAUGAAGUAGUUCCUGUCCUUGUUACUGUGUUCAAUUAUCUGACGGAAUGCCUCGUGAUGAGGGUUUCUCUGAGAGACUCAGUGGAGUUUAGGCUCCAGGAGGCGACUUUCAUGAGAACUAGGACAGUUUGUGUCUGCGGGGGAGAAUCAGAAACCCUGCGUUACCUGGUUAUUCCGCUGAAAAUUGGGGAAAUCAGCAUUCAAGCUGAGGCGGAAUCCAUUGCUGAUGACGGAACAUGUGGCAACAGUUUGGUGAGUAGGGAGGCAAUGGGAGUGUCUGACGCCGUCCGACGACAACUUCCGGUAGAGGCGGAGGGACUAGAAAACGAGUAUACAUUUUCGUCUUAUUUAUGUCCAUCAGGAGAACCCGGACUAACUUUGACAGAGAAUAUUAAGUUGCAGCUUCCUUCAGAUAGAAUCCAAGAUUCCGAGAGAGGAUUUGUGAACAUCAUUGGUGAUGUAAUGGGUCCUGCCCUCACUAACCUAAAGGAUCUCUUGAAAAUGCCGUAUGGUUGUGGAGAACAGAACAUGGCCUCCUUCGCUCCAAAUAUCUUCGUCUUGCAGUACUUCUAUAACACCAAUAUGGACGUGAGUCGUGUGUUGGACGAUGCUCUGAGAUAUAUGAGAGUGGGCUAUCAAAGACAGCUGAGAUACAGGCACUCAGAUGGAUCAUAUUCCGCAUUCGGUGAGUCGGACGGUAAAAGCGGAAGUACAUGGUUGACGGCAUUUGUCGUAAAAUGUUUGGGACAAUCACAGAAGUACAUCGAUAUUGACCGAUCUGAUCUCAACACCAGUAUCGCUUGGUUCAGACGUCAACAAAACGAGAUUGGCUGCUUCCCCAAGGUUGGAUAUACCCAUAGCUACUACCUGAAGGGAGGUUGGGGGAAGGGCAACGACGAAGAGGGGACUUUGACAGCAUUUGUUCUUAUUGCAAUGUUGGAAGCUGGUCUUCCGAAGGAUGAUCCUGCUAUUCUCGGUGCUCUUCGUUGCCUUGACCUUCAAGACGUCAAGGAUACCUACAUGCUGACUCUAAUGGCGUAUGCCUACUCCCUUUAUGAUAUCAAAUCCACAAGACGACUAGAAAUUAUGUCCAUGCUGCGGUCUAAAGUGAAGAGGAAAGGAACCGACAUGGUUUACUGGUCACGAGAUUCAGAACCGAAAGAGGAACCAACAUCUCCUUGGGGAUACUACCGCGCACCUUCAGCGGAGGUUGAAAUGACAUCAUAUGCGUUGUUAGCAUACACAGUGGGAAAUCAGCCGGAAGCCGUUAUCAACUCUAAACCAAUUGUUAUGUGGCUCAGCAAGCAGAGAAACGCUCAAGGAGGCUUCAGUUCAACCCAGGAUACCAUCAUUGCCCUACAAGCUCUGUCUGUAUACGGAAGUUUGGUACACCAGGGCGGGACAGACAUCACGGUAGAAAUCAUGGGAGACCAAAUGUCUGCCGCGUACGGAAUCAGCGACGAGAAUAACCUGGUUCUUCAAACAGCGCCCAUCCCCAAACUACCCAAUGACCUGAGUGUGACAGUGCGAGGAGUGGGGUGUGCUUUGGUACAGGCCAACGUAAAAUUCAACACUCCUAAGCUGGAGGCUGAACCUGACUUCGAGUUGAAGAUAUCAACACACAGAUCUAAGUAUGAACCCAACAAUUGUGCCAAAAGAACUAUCAACAUCUGUGCCAGUUACAAGGGAGCAAGUGGUCAAACUAAGAUGGCGAUCGUUGACGUAAAAAUGCAGACUGGUUGGGUUCCGGUUCGUGAUACGCUGAAUAAGAUACUUUCCGAUAGGAUAAUGAACACAAUUGGCCUUCAGAAGUAUGAAAUCGACGGAAAUAUUGUCCACCUAUAUUUCGAAUACUUUGAUGUACACCGAAGAUGUUUUGUUUUUGAUGUAGAACAAGACAUUGAACUAAGCGACCCCAAACCUGCCUACGUGAAAAUAUAUGACUACUAUGAAACAGACUCCUCUGUGACAGUUGAAUACGACAUAAAGACAAUAUGUGGGACAAAGGAAGAGUUGCCUUUCCUGACGCCCGAGGAGUAUGAGUUCGGUCUGAGUAUGACCCCUGAUGAUGAAAUUGUACAAGUCAGAAUUCCCAUUGAACGAAUAAAUUCAAGCCAACCUGGACCUCCUGGUAUUAAGUCCUGCCCUGUUUGUACAGAAUCCAUGGAUGUCAAAAGCCCGGAGUUUACUGACAUAGUCUGCAAUUCUGCCAGAAUUUUCAAGGUGAACACUGCACGGAAAGACAACGUCAGGUACUCGAUGAAGAUUUAUGCUGAUAUGAAGCCUAAGAGGAAGGUGCCUAUCCACGAGUUUGUCAACCAUCAGAUGCAGAAAGCGUGUUCAUGUGAUAUUUUGGAACAAAAAGAUGAAAAACUAAUGAUCUUUGACACAAUGGAUCAGUACAGUGAGUCUAAGAAAGAACUUAACCUUUCCAAGUCGACAACAAUCGUACAAUGGACAAAGAUCUUUGAGCGCAACGUUUUCAAGAAGAACAGGAAAUGUUAAUAUUGUUGUAAUAAACUGUUGUAUGUAUAUAGUAUGUACUCAAAGGUUGCAAAGACGUGUUUUCUUGUAAUAUGAACGUACCUGUUUAUUCUUUAGAACUUACUUUUUGUUUCAACACGCCCGGUACAUGACAAAUUCAAAUUUAUGUAUUUCUCAUUUCAUUUUCUCAUUUAUGCAUCUAGUUCAAUAUAUGAAAUAAAAAAAAUAUUUUGAUAACAAAAAA